UAAAUGAUGGUCACAUGAAGUCCGAUUAUCAGUGAACUAAGUAUUGUUUUGAUGUUGUUGUUUUUUUCGCAUAGGUUUCAACUUCCACCAAGGUCGUCUCUCAAUUUCUCUUUGAUUCUCUCUCCUUGUUGCCAUGUGUGUUACUGCGACUGCAUCAGACUGUUCAUUUUCUGCCGGCUCACGCAAACAUGUGCUCAAUCGACCGCACCAAUCAUUAGUCAGUUCUUCUCCAUCAUCUCUCGAAGAAGAUAGGUCUAUGAAACAAACAGAAACUAUGUUGGAAUUCACUAGCCAGUACACUGUUGAGGAGACUGCUAACAUUGAAAAGGAGUUCGGGCGAUUGAAAGAAAAAUGCUACCUGGACCACGCUGGAACGACUCUGUAUGCGGACUCGCAAAUCCGAUCGGUUUGCGAAAAUCUGACCCAGAAUCUGUACUGCAACCCGCACACAAGCCGAACGACGGAAGACCUGCUGGAUCAGGUUCGCUAUCGGGUGUUGCGUCAUUUCAACACCCGAUCGUCGGAGUACAGUUUGGUGUUCACCUCAGGAACCACCGCUAGUUUGAAACUGGUGGCUGAGAGCUUCGUUUUCGGAGCUGAGGGAGCGUUUGUCUAUCUGAAGGACAGUCACACCUCGGUACUGGGGAUGCGAGAGAUUGUCGGAACAGAGAGCAUCUUCUCAAUCGAUAGGGAACAACUGCUGGAACAGUUGGAUUCAAAUGAACGGCUGGAGAAAGAGCAGCACUCUUCACUCUUAGUCUUUCCGGCGCAAUGUAACUUCAAUGGCGUGAAGUAUCCGUUAGAGCUGGUAGAGAAGAUUCAACGGAACGGAAUAUCUGGAUAUGACAAGGAACGCUUCCGAGUAUGCCUAGAUGCCGCUAGUUUCGUGUCGACUAGCUUUCUAGAUCUGUCCAAACAUCAGCCUGAUUUCGUAUGCCUUUCGUUCUACAAGAUGUUCGGAUAUCCCACGGGACUUGGAGCUUUGCUAGUACACCGAACAGCUGUGGAUCAACUGCGUAAAAACUACUACGGUGGUGGUACAGUGAAGAUCGCCAUGGCUAGCAGAAACUUCCACGUUAAACGUGAUCCACUCGUCGAACGGUUUGAAGAUGGAACACUCGCUUUUACAUCAAUUAUUGCCCUAUUGCAGGGAUUUGACACACUUGAGCGUUUGGUUCCCCCCAAUGCGGGGCUUCGAUCGAUUGAGCGUAUAUCCAGCCAAGCAUUCUACUUCGGAAGAUACUGCUACCAGCGAUUGCAGACUCUUCGGCAUUCCAAUGGCAACAUAGUCGUUAAGCUUUACCACGACACAGACUUCAAUGACUGCCGACUUCAAGGUGGGAUCGUGAACUUCAACGUCCUGCACGAAGAUGGAACCUACGUAGGAUUCGCCGAGGUUUCCUACAUGGCGAGUCUUCAUAACAUAGUGCUGCGGACCGGCUGUUUCUGCAAUCCGGGCGCUUGUCAAAGAAACCUUCAACUAUCGGACGAGGACGUCCUGAAGCAGUUCGACGCCGGACAUGUCUGCGGUGAUGCAAACGAUCUAAUCGACGGUCAGCCCACCGGAUCCGUCCGAGUCUCAUUCGGGUACAUGACUCGCAAGGAGGACAUCGAUCGCCUAGUUGAAAUGAUCGAAAAGUGCUACAUCAGGAAGUCGCUGGCAAACGGCCUCACACGAUCGCAGAUCGUUUCCAAGUACAAAACCCACGAUCAACCUCGCCUCAAAAUGAUCUGCCUGUUCCCGAUCAAGUCCUGUGGAGCUUUCAAAGUAAUCACACGGUGGCCACUCUGCCGCCGAGGACUCAAACACGACCGAGAAUUCGUCAUCGUAGAUGAUAACGGAGUUGCCUUAACGCAGAAGAAGCUCACGGAGAUGUGCCUUAUUCGACCCCAAAUCAACCUCAAAACCAACGAAAUGACGCUAAGUCAUCCCAACAUGGACGAUUUCGUUCUAGACUUGGAUCUGAUAGGCGACGCCCAACGGAUCAAGCUCUGUCAAACCAAAGUCUGCCAGGACAACAUCCAGGCGAUCGAUUGCGGCGAUCAAGUCGCCGAAUGGAUCAGCGUAGCGCUGCAAACUUCGGGUCUACGACUGCUGAAGCAGUCGGACGAAGAAGUUCGAACGUUUCAACAAUCUCAACAGGAAAUAGCUCUCGCCAACCAGGCCCAGUUCUUGCUCAUUAAUCAGACCUCGGUGCGCUGGUUGGCCGACAAGGUACCGGAUUGGGAUGAGCUGCAGGAGGAGCCAACUCUAGAAUCGCUGGUCGAUCGUUUCCGAGGGAACUUGAUCGUCGAAACGCCGAAGUCCAUGGAGGAGUGCGAUUGGAAGCGGGUGACCGUGGGCUACCAUGAGUUUGCGGUCGAUGGACCAUGCUCUCGAUGUCAAAUGAUUUGUAUCGAUCAAUCUAGUGGGCUGAAGACUACCGAGCCGUUGAGGACGAUCGGGCGAGAGUUCAAGGGAAAGAUGCGAUUCGGGAUCUACCUGUCACACGUGAACGCACUCAGGGAUGGUUCGGAUGAACAAUGGCUGUACUGUAACAGUGUGGUCGAAGGACUAGUCGAAUAACACACGUUUUAUUUCGGGA